AUGGCGACCACCCUGGAGAAGCUGGGUGGCGGCCGCGAUGUCGUACAUACAUCCGAGGCGUCCAGCACUACCCAGCAGGAACCCACCAUGGUGGACAUCUCCAUGAGUGAGAAGCUGGAUCAGAAGGAUGCACAGCUGGAAAACGCGGACCCAUCGGCGCGGAUCGAACUCACCGAGGACAUGUGCUACGACAAGCUCGGUUACUCUUUCAGCGAGACGCGCAAGUGGAUGAUCAUCGCUGUCAUCUUUUUGGUGCAAACUUCCAUGAACUUUAACACCUCUCUGUACUCCAAUGGACUGGACGGCAUCUCCGAAGAAUUUGGGGUCUCGAAGCAGGCGGCCCGGUGCGGUGCUAUGAUCUUCCUCGUUCUGUAUGCCUUUGGUUGUGAGCUGUGGGCGCCCUGGAGUGAGGAGCUGGGUCGCAAGCCCAUUCUCCAGCUUUCGCUGCUCCUCGUCAAUAUCUUCCAACUUCCGGUCGCUCUAGCACCCAACUUUGCAUCCCUCAUGGUUGGCCGUGCCCUAGGCGGUCUCUCCUCGGCCGGUGGUUCGGUCACUUUGGGUAUGAUUGCGGACCUAUGGGAGGCCGAUACCCAACAGUAUGCCGUCGCCGCAGUCGUCUUCUCGUCCGUUGGUGGUUCUGUCUUGGGUCCCGUGGUGGGCGGGUUCGUCGAAGCCUUCCUCCCUUGGCGCUGGAGCAUCUGGAUCCAGCUGAUCUUUGGUGGCUUCGUCCAGAUCAUGCACCUGUUGAUCGUUCCGGAGACACGAACCACCGUUAUGAUGGACCGCAUUGCGAAAAAGAUGCGCGAGAGUGGCGAGAACCCCAACAUCUAUGGCCCUACCGAGGGCAUGUCCUUCCGAGAGCGAUUCCCACCUCGUGAGCUCCUCGUCACAUGGAUUCGUCCAUUCCGCAUGUUCUUGACAGAGCCGAUUGUCUUGACUCUGUCUCUGUUGAGUGGUUUCAGUGACGCUCUGAUCUUUAUGUUUGUUCAGUCUCUGUCUCUGGUGUACGGUCAGUGGGGAUUCAACACCUGGGAGAAGGGCCUGGCAUUCAUUCCCAUCCUGGUGGGUUACUUCAUUGCAUGGAUCUCUUGGUUCCCGAUUAUUCGCCGUAACGUGAAAGAGCGUCGCGAGAAUCCCGACAGCGAACGUGCGCAGUACGAGUCUCGCCUAUGGUGGCUUCUAUACACAGCUCCCUGCUUGCCAAUCGGAUUGAUCGGUUUUGCUUGGACCAGCUUACCGCAGUGCCACUGGAUCGGCUCCAUGGUUUUUGCCGCUAUCAUCGGCAUCGCCAAUUAUGCCAUCUAUAUGGCUACAAUUGACUACAUGAUCUGUGCCUAUGGCCCCUACUCAGCAUCUGCUACCGGUGGCAAUGGAUGGUCUCGAGACUUCCUUGCCGGUAUAUUGACCAUUCCAGCUACGCCAUUCUUCGAGAAUAUUGGCGGGAAAUAUCACCUCGAAUACGCUUCAACUAUCCUCUUCUGUAUUUCGGUGCCGCUGGUUGUUGCCGUUUACAUAAUCUACUGGAAGGGUCCUGUGCUUCGCAAGCGGUCUCCCUUCGCCCAGCAGCUUGAAGAAGCCCGCCACGACAUGGCUAUUCAGGGACGACGACUUUCCAAAGUCCCGGAGGCGUCGCGUGCCAACUCGUAUGCACGAUCCCAACAGGACCUCCGCAUUCGGCAGACGAUGGGAAGCCGCCCGGGAUCGCGCGUCAACUCCCGCGCCAAUUCCCGAGUUAAUUCGCGUCGCAACAGUCUUGCUGCUUAA